AUGGCUUCCUUCACAACAUCUUCUUCUUCCUCGCUUCUCCUCAAAACCCUACUUCCCGUAAGCCACCUGAAUCGUUUCCCUACACUCUCCGGUAUCCGCGUCGGCGACACAUGGAAUCCUCUGCUCCGGAGUAUCUCCACCGCCGGGUCUCGGCGUCGUGUGGCGAUUGUGAAAGCUGCGACGGUGGAUUCGGAUUACUCGUCGAAACGGAGUAGUAGCAAUGAGCAGAGAGAGACGAUUAUGCUUCCUGGAUGCGAUUACAAUCAUUGGCUUAUUGUAAUGGAAUUCCCCAAGGAUCCAGCUCCAACUAGGGACCAGAUGAUUGAUACUUACCUUAACACUCUUGCUACUGUUCUUGGAAGCAUGGAAGAGGCAAAGAAGAACAUGUAUGCAUUCAGUACCACCACAUACACUGGAUUCCAAUGCACCAUUGACGAAGAAACAUCUGAGAAGUUCAAGGGUUUGCCUGGAGUUCUCUGGGUUUUGCCUGACUCCUACAUAGAUGUCAAGAACAAGGACUAUGGAGGCGACAAGUACAUCAAUGGAGAGAUUAUCCCGUGCACAUACCCGACAUACCAACCAAAGCAGCGCAAUAACACGAAGUAUCAAAGUAAGAGGUACGAAAGACGAAGAGACGGUCCACCUCCUGAGAAGCAGAGGAAACCAAGACAAGAACCAGCGGCUUCUGAUUCCUCUUAA